AUGGAGCCAGUUGUGUUUGACCAGUCACCGCUCGCCGAGUACCUUCGUGACGAAGGCGAGGUCGAGCAGGCGGGAUGGGCGCACGACGAUCCAACCUACGAUGAGUCGCCUCCCUCGAGCCCUGAUUUCGCGCCGACAGGUCGGCCAAUGGUCAGAUCGAGAUUCCGCAACAAUCCCCUCCGAGUCGACAUACCUACGAAGGCCGCAUCCGACAAGUCGUACCGACGAAGUUAUUCGACCGCGGUAGCGUCCAGGAUUGACCGAGCCGACAACUCCAAAUUCCUCGAGCAAUUUCGCUAUACUAUUAUCGCUUCCCAGCUAUUGAGUGGACACUCCAUAUUAUCCCAGCACCAUGCACCAUCCCGGCCUGCCAAUGCUGCGAUUGAAGGCAAUCCGGCCGACAAGUUGCUCGAUCCGACCGGCGCUGCCGUCGUCGUCUUGGGGGCACUGGCAUUGGUUGUUUCAAUCAACUGGCUUGCGGGAGCAGGGCCAUUGAACAAGAGACGCGCUGUUGCCCUUCUGCUGGUUGUUGUGAUCGCUGCAGGGAUCGCCCAUGUGUUUAUGCGAAGGCAAUGGCUGAGGUACAGACGGCUGCAAGCACUGUCAGAGGUCACUGCGUUUGUUUCGAACUCGCAGGAAUUCGACAGCGCGACUGGCGCAGCGAUUGCUCUGGUGCAGGAGGUGGAACUUGUUUCCAGAGGUUACCGUCUCCGUAUAGAGGAUCGCUCACAGACGCGCAAGUGCGUGCGCCUCCGCAAGGCUCUUAGGGCCUGCUUUGCUGAUGUCAUUCCUGCAUACGAUCAGACCGUCUCGGUAGUCAAAGGAUUCUCAGAGCAGCUUGACUUGGAGAAGUACCACGACAUUUACGACAUUAGCGACUUCGACAUGUCCGAUGCCAGGCAAGGCUUCCAAGAAAAUGAGUUUGAGGAUAACGAAUCACUUCGAACGCUCAAGAUUCUAGCCGCACGGUUUCACACCAUUCGUAAGAUGUUUCUGUGUGCGCUGCUAGCUCUGGACGCAAGCGGUGACAGUAGCGACCUAUUGAAGUGGACAACCACAGUGGAGGCAGUUCGGACUCUCAACACGGUCACUCAAAAAGCGUUUGAGAACCUAAGAAGACUGUUGAGCGACGAGGAGUGUGAGUGGUUCUCCUCUGGUUAA